GGGUGGCGCUUGGAAUAGGAAUUUUCAUAUUUAGAGUCCGAACUCAAAAUCUUUGAUUAAAAGAUGAAGAGAUCCCAAUAUACAUGUUUAAUCUUUAAUUUCUUGUAAGGAAUGAGAUCUCUGAACUACUUAUAAUGCUUGGAUGAUUCUCUUCUAUAUAUCUUGAACAAAUUUCUAAAAAUGUAAGUUAAGCUCAAAGGCUAAUUUAACAUAAUAUCAGAAUCGAACUCUUUUGAUAUGGUCCCCCUCGAAGGACCGGUUGAAGGGAAGAGGGUGGAAAUACCCUCGACUCCAAACCUAUUGAAAGGGACCUUAGUUCAUAAAUAUGCACACACUAGACUAGACAAUUGAACCCGGUCCACAUAGAUAAAGGGAUGAGAUUUUUGAAAUACUUAUAAGACUUGAAUAGUCCUCCUUUCUUUGAACUGAUUUUUAUAGUAUGAAUUAGACUACCGAUUGAAAGGUUUGAAAAUAUCCCAUCCAUAAAUAUGCAUUAAACUACUUAUAAGGUCUGAACAACCCUCCUCUAUUGACAUCGAUCGGAACUUCAUAAUAUUUAAAUAAUUGAACCAAGAAAAUGUUAACUAUUUGAUUAAAUGAUUAUGUCACCAACAACAACAAUUUAAUAAGCUAACAAACAAAGUUAAUAAUUAACAAAUACAUUCUCUUUUUGGUCGGGUGUGUUGUCUUAUGGUGUAUGGAUGAUGUUUGCCUCUUUAAGAAGGCCUAGCUAAUAUAUGCCCUCAUUUUUCUUGACCUUCAUUCUCUAUCUCUUUAAUCAAACAAAACAUACAAAAAACACUAAAACCACAUUUUUUUUUUCAUAUACUAAAAAACAAUCAACUUAAGUCUCCAUCAAAAAUUGGUGGGGUGGUGGUGGUGGUGGAAAUAAUUAACUUGUGUGCUUCACCCUCAGCCACCAUUUUUUCUGCCUCCAAAUCUUUUUACAAUGAUCUUUAUCUUCUUCAUCAAGUGAUAAGUGACUUUGAUUGAUCUGAGAAUAUUGUACAAGAGCUAAGAAGCAGAUCUGUGGAUCAACAACAAACUCUAGAGGAUCAUUACAAUUAUCAUCAAAGGUUUUGAUUUUGUGGAUCAAGAAAAGAGAUGAAUUCUUUUGCACAUGUUCCUCCAGGUUUUAGAUUUCACCCUACGGAUGAAGAAUUAGUUGAUUAUUACCUCAGAAAAAAGAUUGCUUCAAAAAGAAUUGACCUUGAUGUCAUUAAGGAAAUUGAUCUUUAUAAAAUUGAGCCAUGGGAUCUUCAAGAAUUGUGCAAGAUAGGAAGUGAGGAGCAAAAUGAAUGGUACUUUUUUAGCCAUAAAGACAAGAAGUAUCCAACAGGUACUAGAACAAAUAGAGCUACAAAAGCAGGAUUUUGGAAAGCAACUGGAAGAGAUAAGGCUAUUUAUCGUAAGCAAUGUUUAGUUGGAAUGAGAAAAACAUUGGUAUUUUAUAAAGGUCGAGCACCAAAUGGACAAAAAUCAGAUUAUAUAAUGCAUGAGUACAGACUUGAAACCAACGAGAAUGCCAAUACUAUUCAGGAAGAAGGCUGGGCAGUGUGUAGAGUAUUCAAGAAAAAACUAGCAACAUCAAUAAGGAGAGAAGGAGACCAAUUAUACCAACAUGAGUCACUAUGUUGGUAUAACGAUGACCAAUUAGUCUCCAAUUUCACAUCUAAUUUUGACUCUCCACCACGUAACAAUUUUCCAAAUCCCUAUAAUGUUACACCUUCAUACCAUCAUCAAUUACCCUACAACAAUAUGCAUCAAAACCCUCAUAAUAAUGAUGCAUUAUUUCUUCAACUCCCUCAAUUAGAGUCACCCAAGAUCCCUCCAUCCUAUGGAUCAAUCAACAACAACUCAAUGUACAAUAACAACAACAACUAUGAUCAAGUGACCGACUGGCGAGUACUCGAUAAAUUUGUUGCAUCUCAAUUAAGUACUCAACAAGAUGGCUACAAUGGUGCUUGCUCUAGUUCCACAGCAUCUGAAAAAAUGAACAUGCAGCUUCAAAGUGAUACCAAGGGACAAGAAAUGAGUUCAGAAAUUGCAUCAUUAUCUGCUUCAAGUUCACAAUUUGAUAAUAUAUGGAAGUAAUAUAUAUAAUCAUAGAAAAUAUAUGAUGAUGAUGAUGAUUGGAUUUGAUAUAUGUACUUAUAAAUUGUGUCAGUUUAUGUACAUAAUAAAACUCAAAUAUGGUACGUGAUGUAUUAGAGGUUUAAAAAUUUGUACUCAUCUAUAAGAAUGAAUGAAAUUAGUAUUUAAGAAAAAAGGACAAAAAACAUAUAGAGGACCUCUAAUAUAUGUAUAUAGUACUAUUUCAAGGCUAAAGAUCUAACAUUUUUUAAAAAAUU